AUGGCUGAAGUUGUGGAGCUUGUUCGUGAAAUGACUGCUGAAGAAAUGGGGCAAUUUCGAGUUGAAAUGGAGGAUAUGUUGCACGAUAACGAAGAGCAGGAAAUGGACAUUGAAACCAGUGGGUAUGAUCGAACAUCGGUUAUGAUUGAUGGUCACGAUACAACUUCAAGAGACACUGAGGAAGGCGAUGGAGAAUGUGACGAUCGCGACCGGGUUGGCGCCGGUGGAGAUUUCGCCGGUGAUGGGUACAUUCAGCAUACAAUAUCCGCGGAUCAAAUCCAAAUGCAGAUCAUGCCUGGCUAUGCAUUCAUGCCUCGCGCUGAAAAUAUCGAAGGUGCUACUCUAACGCUUGAAACCAAAAACCCCCAAACUAAAAAGAAGGAAAUAAAAAAGUUCCAUUGUCACUUUGACUGUUGCGAAAAAAAAUAUAGUUCGGCAGACAAUCUUCUUUCGCAUCAGAAGUCUCACCCAGGCGACUACAGUGAGGUUUGUCAUGAUGGAGAUUGUGAGAAGGGAAUGGCAGAAACCAGCCUCACUAAACAGAACAAGAAGGAAAAGAGAUUUGUUUGCGAAUAUCCGCAGUGUACUCGUUCAUACAGUACUGCUGGUAAUCUCAAGACCCACAUCAAAACUCAUACAGGGGACUAUCAUUUUGUAUGUGAAGAGAAAGGAUGUGGGAAAGCAUUCCUCACAUCUUACAGCAAGAAAAUCCAUGUUCGAGUUCAUACGAAAGAGAAGCCAUAUUCAUGUGACAAGCAAGGUUGUGAAAAGUCUUUCAACACUUUGUACAGGCUGAAAGCUCACCAGAGGAUCCAUACAGGAACCACAUUUAACUGUGAUGAGGAAGGAUGUAGCAAGGUAUUCACUACACUCAGUGAUCUUAGAAAACAUGUACGAACACACACGGGAGAACGCCCUUAUAAGUGUGACUUUGUAAGCUGUGGAAAGGCAUUCGUUGCCAGUCAUCAUCUUAAGACACACAUACGAACCCAUACAGGUGAGAAACCAUUCAUCUGCCCACAGUUCGGCUGCAAGCGUGCCUUCACCACACAGUACAGUCUCAAGAGCCAUCAGAAGGGACAUGAGAAGCAGGAUGCUGCUAGUGGCUCCACGAUGGAGGCCGAUGGAGAUCAUCAGGAUGAAGGGGAGGAGGAGGAGGGGGAGGCAUUGGGAGGAGGUGAUAGCCCUGGGGGUGAUGGUGGAGAUGGUGAUGAUGGAGAUGUAGCUGAGAGCGGUAACGAUGAGCAGUCCUUGGAAGAGCAAGUCGUUCAGGCUAGCAAUGAGGUGGCUGCUCAGAUACUUAACACAUUGAGUGGAGUUCUUGGUAUGGGUAUAUCUUCCUCCACUGAAGUCAUCCAAGCUUCCUCUAGCGAAACACCAAAGAUUCAAGACAUCACUUUAGAGAAUGGUCAGCCGAUUGUUUUACAGGCUCCCCCUAUGGCUGCGCUCCCACCUUCCAUACAGAUACCCCAAGCUGAAACUCAGAUGCAGGUCAAGCAGGAGGUCUCUAAAGCAGCUUCCACUGCCCAGACUGUGACAGUCCAAAAUGUUCCUACUGGGGAUGGAAACCAGAACCUUGUCAUCACCAUCAACCAGGGCGGCUCAUCUUCAUCAGCUCCUACCCAGCUGGUUAUCACACCCGAUGUCCUGCAGACUCUGGUGCCUAAACCACAAACCACUCAACCAGCGGCAGUUCAACAACCUGUGCAGCAAUCUAUGCAGCUGACUGCUAAAUUACAACAACCUGCUUCCGCAUCCAGUGCUACCACCAAUCCACCUAGCUCAGUAAUUCAACCUCAGAUGCACCCUCAAGUUCACUUCAUCACAGGAGGUAUCGCCACCGACGAACGGACUUUGACAGUAGCGCCGCCUCAGCCUCAAGCCCCACCCCAGGUCAUUCCUGCACGUCAGCAUCCAGCCCAGCCCACUGCUUUACCAGUCUCAAUCACUCCCCAGGGUGGCAUUCAGAUCUUAGGUGGAUUACCCCCUGCAGGUGGUACCUUGGUGCAGACACCUGGUGCCACAGGGCUUUCCAACACCUAUCUCAUCCCUCAGUACUUUACAACCGGCAAUCUAGUCGGUGCACAGAUGGUACCACUAGAAAUGGCUCAGGGUAUGGGCAUACCCCUUCAAAGUGUUAUAAUGCAACCACCCCAGCCCCAGCUAGGUACCUUACAAACACAGCUAAAUGGUACAGCCAUGUCUACGGUUCCAGCAGGACAGCAUAUUGUAUACCAAGCACCAACAGUGGCCAAUGCUGCGCCGACCUCAACUGUUAAUACAGUCAAGUCGAUUCCUGCAACGCUUGCUGAGACCCCUAACUUGAUACAUGGUCCACCAAGCACAAGCAGCCAGCUUUCAGACGAUGUCUUCUCUGCUCCAUCUGCCGACGCUGUUUCAAGUCGGGAGAAAAACCAUGAUGUACCAGUUGUGCGGGCUCCAGAAAGAAGCAACAGUUGUUCAACAGAAGCCUUCAUCAAUGAACUCUUGAGCAGCGAUGUUUCCCAACCGCUUGAUUACUCCCAGCCUCUCCUAUCUGAGUCAGGAGACACUUCCAAGAUUUGUAACAAAUGUAGUUGUAUGUGUGAGUGCGACUGCAAGCAUGAAGUCAGGUCCCAGAUCAGAAACAUUGAAAGUAUACUAUCUGGCAUGGUAGAGGAUCAGAGUUAGCACUUCUCAGCUUCCCAUAUCUUCAGUAUUUGCAAUUGUUAGAUCCUGUCUUCAAGUUAUGUCCAUAAAAGCUAUACCACCUGUAAUUCUGAGGUGUUUGAGUGCAGACUUGCACUAUCCCAGCAAGAAACUUGACAAAAUAUCACUUUAUUUCAAGUUGCUGAGAUAUAUUGAUAUCUCAAGCCAGUCUGUUGGUGUGUGACUGCAUCCACUGUGAACUAAUUCUAGGGUAUUUUCCCCGAGAGCCAAAAAAGAAAAGUGAAAAAGAAUGGCAAAUAUAUAUCAAAUUUCACUGUGAUAUAUUUUGAAAAAUUUAUUUUCACUUUCCUGGCGUUUGUACUUUAUUUGUUUUUUUUUGUCCUCUGGAAUUUUUGUAAAAUAUAUUUUCUGGCAUUAUUAUAUUUUGCAAAUGAUUAUAAACAAAUGCAAAAUAUAAACUUCAACAAAAAUAUGGUUAGUCCUAUACUACAUUGUACAAAGCAAGGUGUUUGUUUAUAUUUACAAUCCUAUCUAUGCAUAGACCAUGAGAACAAAAUAAAUAGGUCUCUCUAUCCGCCAUUGUCAAUAUUUCAGAUGUCUUACAAAUCAUUUCCAUUCUCUUAGCUCUUUCUUGCCAUCACUUUUUCUAAAGACUAUUAUUUUCUUUGAUAUUGAAAUUUCUGGUGCAUGCAAAGAUGAUUUUUAAAAAUGAAAUCAGCAAGAAUUGAUAAUGUUCUAUAUUUAGAAUCAUAUCUUGUGUAUGCCAGAAUUUCUGUGAUCCAAAGCCUUUUGAUGAGUUUAGAAAGUGAAAAUUUUUACUCAAUAGUUGACUUAAUGCUUAUCACUUUGUCUCCUGAUAUGUUCUGUUUAAAAUUGAUUCUUUUGUUAUAAGUAA